AUGUCUAUCCGUUUAUGGGAUGUUAAGACAGGAUAAUAAAAAGCCAAAUUAGAUGGUCAUUCAAAUUGGGUUAAUUCAAUUUGUUACUCUCCUGAUGGUACUACAUUAGCAUCUGGUAGUGGAGAUAACUCUAUCCGUUUAUGGGAUGUUAAGACAGGAUAAUAAAAAGCCAAAUUAGAUGGUCAUUCAAAUACAGUUUAUUCAAUUUGUUACUCUCCUGAUGGUACUACAUUAGCAUCUGGUAGUGCAGAUAACUCUAUCCGUUUAUGGGAUGUUAAGACAGGAUAAUAAAAAGCCAAAUUAGAUGGUCAUUCAAAUACAGUUACUUCAAUUUGUUACUCUCCUGAUGGUACUACAUUAGCAUCUGGUAGUGCAGAUAACUCUAUCCGUUUAUGGGAUGUUAAGACAGGAUAAUAAAAAGCCAAAUUAGAUGGUCAUUCAAAUACAGUUUAUUCAAUUUGUUACUCUCCUGAUGGUACUACAUUAGCAUCUGGUAGUGCAGAUAACUCUAUCCGUUUAUGGGAUGUUAAGACAGGAUAAUAAAAAGCCAAAUUAGAUGGUCAUUCAAAUGCAGUUACUUCAAUUUGUUACUCUCCUGAUGGUACUACAUUAGCAUCUGGUAGUGCAGAUAACUCUAUCCGUUUAUGGGAUGUUAAGACAGGAUAAUAAAAAGCCAAAUUAGAUGGUCAUUCAAAUGCAGUUACUUCAAUUUGUUACUCUCCUGAUGGUACUACAUUAGCAUCUGGUAGUGCAGAUAACUCUAUCCGUUUAUGGGAUGUUAAGACAGGAUAAUAAAAAGCCAAAUUAGAUGGUCAUUCAAAUGCAGUUACUUCAAUUUGUUACUCUCCUGAUGGUACUACAUUAGCAUCUGGUAGUGCAGAUAACUCUAUCCGUUUAUGGGAUGUUAAGACAGGAUAAUAAAAAGCCAAAUUAGAUGGUCAUUCAAAUGCAGUUACUUCAAUUUGUUACUCUCCUGAUGGUACUACAUUAGCAUCUGGUAGUGCAGAUAACUCUAUCCGUUUAUGGGAUGUUAAGACAGGAUAAUAAAAAGCCAAAUUAGAUGGUCAUUCAAAUGCAGUUACUUCAAUUUGUUACUCUCCUGAUGGUACUACAUUAGCAUCUGGUAGUGCAGAUAACUCUAUCCGUUUAUGGGAUGUUAAGACAGGAUAAUAAAAAGCCAAAUUAGAUGGUCAUUCAAAUGCAGUUACUUCAAUUUGUUACUCUCCUGAUGGUACUACAUUAGCAUCUGGUAGUGCAGAUAGCUCUAUCCGUUUAUGGGAUGUUAAGACAGGAUAAUAAAAAGCCAAAUUAGAUGGUCAUUCAUCAACAGUUUAUUCAGUCAAUUUCUCACCUGAUGGAAAUACAUUAGCUUCUGGUAGUGAUGAUAACUCUAUUCGUCUUUGGAAUGUAAAAACAUCAAAGGAAAUACUUAAAUCAGAUAGUAGCUAUAAACGUUUGCUUGCCUAGUUUAACAUACCACUUCAGAAUAGCUCCUUAUUGCCAAAUGGUAUUUAUUAUUCAUUAUUAUUUAGUUAAUCCAGAUCGUACAAUACUUAGAAUCUGUUAGAAUCCCUUAUUAGAAGCAUCAGGAUCACUUAUCCUAUAAGGACAAUUCAUUAAUCAUUAAGGGAAAGAUUUAAAACCAUUGUUUAAAUCCAAAGGAAGUUGCUUUUUAGAAGACUUAAAGCAAAAGUGA